AUGGGGAAGCCUAAGGCACGGCCCAGCACCACCAGGGCCACCAAGGGGAAAGCAACAUUCACUCGGCGAGGAUCCAGCACAGCCUCCCGUCCAUCCAACGGAGGACGGACGAGGCUGCUGACACAAGGCCGAGGGGGCUCCCCCGGGCAGACUCAGCAAGCCUCACCAUUGCGCGGGGGCCGGGCCCGAGCGCAGCACCAGGAGCGCCCUGCACAAGCCCGAUCAGGGGCAGAUAGUGCAGCAUCUCCGUGGCCGCUGCCACCGCUGCAGACCGCUCCACCGGCAACAUCCCCCCAACCUCCAAUCCCUGUCGCACCAAACACACGUGGAGCUGGUCCAGCACGUACGACAGCAAUGUCAAGCAAGUCCCCACGUGCACAACGCGUUGCUCGACGAGAGGAGGCGUUGCGGCCGCAGGAGCAGCAGCGUGAGGAGCAGCUUGGGCAGGAGGAAGCGGCGGCAUUGGAGGUGUUGAUGGAUGGUGCAGCUGUGGUUGGGGUAAGGGGAAAGGGUUUGCGGGCUGCUGAUGCUGCUGGGCCAGUUGAGACGCUGUGGGAGGAGCCGCCUGUGGCCGCGGCGGCGGAUUCGACGGAAGGGGGGCAGACGCCGCGCCGGUCCGCUGCUGGGACUGCUGCCGCCUCUGCCGUCGGCUUAGCCUUGCUGGGGCAGCCGUCGCCGAUGCUCCAAUGGUCGGAGGAGGGGCCGGAUGCGGAGGAGGCACAAGGGGAGCCGGGACUGGCGGAUCCACCGGCGCAAGAAGGGGCAGAAUCCCCGCCAACGCUCAAAGCGCCUGCGAUUGCCGUGGCUGUCGCUGAGGCGGUGGGGCGGCAAGAACAACCCCCGAUCGAUUCGUCUGUGCCGGCUGCCGCUGAGUCCGCCGGAAUGCCUGCAGCUGUCGAGGGCGCAGACAUGCAGGAGCACGGCCCGGCGGAGGGUGAUACCGAGGGUCCCGCGGUCGUCGCCGCUGCCGGCGAGGCCCCGGCGAGGAGGAAGCAGAAGUCGCGCGCCCAGCCAGCACCGAGGCGGCCUGGAGCAGCGCUGGGACCUGGGGCCCCGGGACCCCUCCGGGGCUGGCUUCGGCAAGAGCAGACGCCACCAGUGCGAGGGCGUUCGUUGUCAUCCGCGCCUCAGCCUGCAACGGGGCUCAGCGAGAGGAGCAACACGGGAGAGGCGGGUCAGGCGCUGCAUGGAGCCAGACAGCCAAACCAGGGGCCGCAACCAGCAGAAGGACUGCCCACCGCUCGGCAUACAACUCACCGGGAAACACGGAGCGCGACGAGGGGUCGAGGAAUCGUGUGGGGUAGGCCGACAGGCGUGGGCCGGGCAACUAUGGCGAACCCCUGGGUUCCGGCUGGCAGAGGUUUAAGACCGGCGCUAGAGAGAGGCGGCGGCGCCGAUGCGCCACUGGUGGGGACACGUGGAGGGCGAGGCGGAAGGGGAGGUGCGCGAGGGGGAAGGAUCCCUUUGCUAGGGGGAGAAGCUGCGAUCGCGAGAUCGGGCACGUGGCGUGAUCGCCACGAUCGUCCAGAGCAAGAGCCUGUGCCUGCCACCGGGGAGGAUGUGGGCUCUGACAACUCUCAGAGCGGGAGUGCCUUUAUGCCCUCGGCCUCAGUGGCAUCGGAGGAGUUCUCCUUGGGUGAGGAGGAAGUCGAACAUCUGUCAACCAGGAGGCGAGGGAGCAGGGGGAGAGCGGGUGGACUACCACCACCCAGCGACGAGGGAGCAAAUCGGGCGGCGGGCGUGGCACCACAGCCAUCCGAGAAAUCACCCGCUGAUCUGGCGAAGGAUGAAACCAUCUGGCAUCUGGCCGGCACUUGGGACACUGCACCACUCAAGCGAAAGGACCAGCCCUUCCUAGUUCGGCGGUGCUUGGAUGGUGUUACAAUAUUUACCUCGCCUGACCCUUCGGCCACAGCCAGAGCCAGUGGAGGGAAACCGCUGGAUAAAAAUCGAGACGAGGCUGCACCACUUUAG